AUGACAUGCGUAAAAAAAAAAGCCGAAGCAAAAGGGUUCACUUCAAAGCCCUCAACCUCCUGCUGUCCUGCAGGAAAACUCAGAGGUUUUACCACUCGGAUCAUCGGGGAUAUCCCAGCAGCUACAUCUGAAGAUGUUGAUAUUGCUGUGAAAGCAGCUCGUAAAGCUCUUAAACGCAAUGGAGGAAAAGACUGGGCAACAGCUUCUGGAGCACAUCGUGCCAAGUAUCUGCGUGCCAUUGCUGCAAAGAUAACUGAGAAAAAACCGGAAUUAGCAAAACUUGAAGCCAUUGAUAAUGGAAAACCACUUGAUGAAGCAGCAUGGGAUAUAGAUGAUGUGGCUGGAUGUUUUGAAUAUAAUGCUGAUCUUGCUGAAGCUUUGGAUGCUAAGCAAAACGCACCUAUUGAUCUUCCAAUGGAUACAUUCAAAUGUCAUGUCAUUAGGGAACCAAUUGGUGUUGUUGGGCUGAUUACUCCAUGGAAUUACCCGAUGCUGAUGGCUACAUGGAAAAUUGCACCUGCCCUGGCUGCGGGUUGUGCUGCAAUACUUAAGCCAUCAGAAUUGGCAUCUGUGACUUGCCUGGAAUUAGGUGAAAUAUGCAGGGAGGUAGGUCUUCCCCCUGGUAUUCUCAAUAUCCUAACUGGAUUAGGUCCAGAAGCAGGUGCCCCUUUGGCUUCUCACCCUGAUGUUGAUAAGAUUGCAUUUACAGGAAGCAGUGCCACAGGAAGCAAGAUUAUGACUGCAGCAGCUCAAAAUGUCAAGCCUGUUACACUUGAGCUUGGUGGAAAGAGUCCAAUAGUUGUGUUUGAUGAUGUUGAUAUUGAUAAAGCUGUUGAGUGGACACUGUUUGGUUGCUUCUGGACAAAUGGGCAAAUCUGCAGUGCAACUUCUCGACUCAUAGUGCAUGAAAGUAUUGCUAAGGAGUUUUUAGAGAAGCUUGUGAAGUGGGCUAAAAAUAUCAAGAUUUCAGAUCCAUUAGAAGAAGGAUGUAGGCUUGGGCCUGUUGUUAGUGGUGGACAGUAUGAGAAGAUAUUGAAGUUUGUUGAAACAGCCAAAAGCGAAGGUGCAACCAUUUCAUUUGGAGGAAAACGUCCCGAGCAUUUAAAAACCGGAUUUUUUAUCGAGCCAACAAUAAUCAGUGAUGUCACCACAUCCAUGCAAAUUUGGAGAGAGGAAGUUUUUGGACCUGUUUUAUGCGUAAAAUCAUUUAAAACAGAAGAAGAAGCAAUCGAAUUAGCAAAUGACACCCAUUAUGGUCUGGGUUCUGCUGUUAUAUCCAACGAUUUGGACCGGUGUGAUCGUGUGACAAGGGCUUUUGAGGCAGGUAUUGUUUGGGUAAACUGCUCCCAGCCUUGCUUCUCUCAAGCUCCGUGGGGUGGGAAAAAGCGAAGUGGAUUUGGUCGUGAACUAGGAGAAUGGGGACUUGAGAAUUAUUUGAGCGUAAAGCAGGUGACUCGUUAUAUUUCUGAUGAUGCUUGGGUUGUGGGGUUGGAUUGUAAUAGGUUGAACUUGUUAAAGUGGGAGUUUAAUGAAAUCUGA